UGACUGCCGAAGUGAAUUUGAAGCAAUGGCGUCCCAAGCCUCACCGCACAAGCCGAAAGAUCUGCAUUUACCCCUAUCCCGAGUGAAAACAAUAAUGAAAAGUUCUCCAUACGUUGAGACCGUCGGACAGGACUGUUUAUUCCUUGUUGCCAAAGCAACGGAACUAUUUAUUCACCAUUUGACGGUUGAGGCCCACCGUCAAGGAAACAAGAGCGGUAGUUUGGACUACAAGAACUUGGCUGAGGUUGUACAAACAAGCGAAACACUCGAAUUCCUUCGGGAAAUAGUACCACGGAAAAUUACAGUGAGGGAAUUCAAGGAGAUGAUGGCUAAAAAAAAUCCAGUGUCAUCUGACAGCAGCUCAUCAGAAAGUUCAUCUGACUCUGACAGUGACAGUGAAUCGGAUAGUACUUCUUCACACGACGACGGAGAUAAGAAAAGAAAUGGUAACGGGGAUGCCAAUGUUUCCAGUAGUUCGAGCGACGAGUCCGUUAAUAAAGAUGCCAGCAAAAAGGAGAAUGGACAAAAUCAAUUGAGCAACAGUGAGGAAGAUUCAAAUGAGGGUUAGAAUUUUAAAAAGUUAGCUCUAAGAUUGAAUAAUCAUUAAGUUAGGUUUAGUCACGAUUAUCUGGAGCAGAAUCUGAGACAGCGGAAAUUCAACUAUAUUUACGCAGAGAAAUGAAAUUUUCCCUAAAUAUAUAUAAUGCACAAAGGAAAGGAUAUGGUUUACAACUAGGAUUAUCACAGUUAGAUUCAGGGCACAUUGAAUUUUCUUCAAGUCAAAUAUUCCCGUGCAGAUUUCUAUUCUAUUGAGCUAUUUAGCUCAAAUAAUUUUCCAAACAGUCUGUAUCUACUUAAACCAUAUUGUUUGCUUGAAUUUAAAUUAUUGUAUAACUUAUUUUUAAUUAUUAAAUAGUUACGUAUACAAUACCGAAAAUGUUGUUCUCUUAACACGUUGGCUUGGUGUUAAAAAUUUUUACAAAACUAGCUAUUUAUCUUUAUUCAAUAAUUGCACAAGUUGUAUCGUUGGAUUAUUUGGAAUGUAUUAUUAAGUUGUUACUGCACUGUUAUGGCAGAACUACAUUACGAACAUCUUAUCGUAAGGAAUAAUAAAAACACAUUAGGUUAAACUUCAAUGAAGGAAAAAGUAA